UUAUUUCUUCACCACUCGGAAAUUCAAAGUCCGGUAUAAUUGAGAGAACGUUCAAAGUACUUGACAAAUUAUAAGGGUUCUCAGUGUCCAAAAUUCAGGUUUGCUCAACUGUACACAAGCCUGUCUGUUUUCUUUAUACAAACAUUUUCUUCAAUAAAUCUUUAGCCAUGGCUUCUAGUGAUGAUGUAAUUGAGGGCUCUAUAUCUUCUCUUUUUAUUGGUUCCUUGAAGUCUAAUCAGAGUGGAGAUUUGCUUUCACCUGAAGAAAUAGCAUGGGUCGAUUCUUGCCUGGUUAAAGAUCCAGAAAAUUCAGAUGGUGACUGGAGUUCCAUGAAAGAUACCUUGAUAGAAAUCCUUGGUUUGCAACCUGAUUCACAGGACUCAUCUGACCCUGGAACUGAUGACUUUCCUGGAGUAACUGAAACUGAGAUGCUUCAUUCUGCUGAACAAGGAAUUGUCAAGUUCUCAGGAGGAAUUGAUGUAGGUACUAUUCAAAUUAAUAAAGAUACAGAAAUGAGCAGUGAUGAUUUUCCAAACAAGGAGGAGAGUAGCAAUUUAUUAUCACAACAUUAUCAGGGAGAUCUCUCAGAAACUUUGAGAAAUGCUUUUCAGCCAAAUUACAGGGAGGAAAACAAGAGAAUGGGUGAAUCGGUUGAUUCAGGACUAGAUGUUGGUUCUCCAGCAGAUGAGACAGAGCCAUCUACUGAGGAUAUCUUUAGGGUCUGGGAUUUGGGCAUUCCAUUAGUGGAAGAUGAGCUUGUUAAACAGUUGAACAAGGCGCUUUCAGAAAGUAAUGAUCAAGUGAUGCCAUCAAGGACUGAUGAUUUAGGGGCAUGGAAGGAUUUUACUGAAAAAUCAGUUGAUGAUUUAGUUGCUGGCAUUGCAGACCUGUCUUUGGAUCAGCAUUUCUAACUAGAGAACAUGUUCAUAGUACAUCCUUAACAUCUGUGAAGUUGAAAUAUUGAUACUAACAGUUAACAAUGCAUUUGGAUGCUGCACUGAAAUGGAAGGAAUUCAUAGUGUUUUUUUGUGUCCUUAUGUUAUGGGACCACUGUGUUUUAGGAUUCAUGGUUUGAUAUACUCUCUACUUGCUUUUCUUAAGUUGUAUCUUAUAUUUUUAAUUUUAUUAAUUUAGUUCAUAAGUUAUUUA